UUGGCUGAAUACUCGACUUUUGUCAUGUGAUCGUUCCCUAUUUAUGUUAAUAUCAGUGAUACUGACUCGAAAUCUUGUGGCAAAACAAUAACAAACUGUAUUUUACGAUUGGAUUGUAUGAAUUUUCGGUGCGUAACUGAAGAGAGUAGUGCAAGAGUAAACAGCAAUAUAUAUCUUUGUUUGUAAUAUUUUUUGCUAAACCUGGAAGAAGGUUGAAUUUACUACAGACACCAAGAUCAGAAAACUUUUUGAGUCAAUGUUGUUGGCUAGGAAAAAUAUUUGCUGACGAAAGUCAUGGUCGUUCCAUUUGAGGGUGGUGAAUAUGUAUACUAUGUAAUUGUGCAGAUUGAGAAUUGUUACUAAUUAACAAUAUUACGGAAUAUGCAAACCAAUUGAAUCCUCGUAUUAGACAGCAAUAUUUAUGUAAACUAUAAAGGGAAUCUGUAAACAUAUACGGAUACCUAAUUUAUUUUUGUCUUUAGAUUUGAACUUAACCAUCGGAUAUAUUUUAUUUUCGUUUGAAAAUUUAAAAUUAAGAAUUUAUAUUGUAAAAUAUAUAGAGUUCAAUAUUUAGAAAAAAAACAAACUGAUUUAUGUAUUGAUGGGAGAAUCUGGAUAUAUUGAACUAUUUUCGGAGAUUAAAACUAGCUCAAUGGAUGGAAUAAUAAAACAAGAACCAAAUCAAGAAAUGGGUCCUUCCUCAGCAUCAGUACCUAUACCAGGAGGACACAGAAGUGCUCGGGGUGUAUAUGAACAAUUUUCACCAUCUCCAUUGACAUCAAUAUGGCCCAAUAGAUCUGAUCACAUAGAAUCACCAUUUAAAGUAGAUUCCGAACAGUUAGAUGAUUUUUUUAAAACGGAGAAAUGGGAAGAUGAUGACAUAUUACAAGUAGAUAAAGCAGAUCUUAUACAAGGACCUACGCUUGCUGAAUUAAAUGCAAAUGACGAUACUCUCCUUGGUGAUUUAAAUUUUGAUGAUUUACUUUUACCAGAAGAAAGAGUUCAACCAUUUAAAAUGGAUGUUAAUGUAGCUCAAUCAGUUGGUCCAUUGUUUAAUGAUAACAAUGUUGUAUUUGCUCCAAGUAGUUUCCCGCAAUCUGGAUCAACAUACCGUAAUAUUUGCCCUACAUAUUUAAAUACACAUGGACUCAAUUUGAACAUAAAUAUCAAUGUUGCUGACAAUUUGGAAACAAUUAGCCCCAAUGCUUUUCCAAGUCCAGGAACUAGUAAUAUUGCAGGUAGUUCAACUGCAAGUUCCUCAACAUCUCUACAUCCUACAAACAAACCUAAUGGGCAGUCUGCUCUUCAUGAAUUGUUAAUGAGACGUUGUGAUAAUUCUUUUGAUAAUUCCACUCAUGGUCAGAUGGAUGUUGAGUGUACGAGUAAUAAGUCUAAAGUUUCUAGACUAUCCAUGUCUGCACCAACCCGGACAAUGGCGUUAGACCAAAUUUGGGCUCGUAGAGAACCACGUCCACAUUUAUUAAGUACUGGUAGCCUUGGUGUUGUUGAAGCUGGCUCAACAAGUAGUUUAAGUACUGGAGGUGCACUUAGUCCAGAUCCACUCUAUCAUAUUGAUCCUCUUAGCCAUGAUGAAGGUUAUGAAGAUAGUGAUGAUGACAGUGAUCACUAUGAUGAUUACAGUAGUGAUAAUGAUACCGGUGGUAGCGAUGGUGAAGAUCAAAACACUGGAAGUAGAGUAGGAGGUGGUAGUAUAGAUUCAAAUCGAGAUAGUAAACAUAGUAAGAAAGAACGAUAUUUUUGGCAAUAUAAUGUUCAAGCAAAAGGGCCAAAAGGACAAAGGCUUGUGGCAAGAGCACGUCUUGAAGAUCCACAUAUUUUAAAUGAAGCCACAGAUCCUGUUUUUAGUCCUCAUUGUGCGCUUCGUGGAAUUAAACACAGUGGAAAAGCUCGAAAAGGUGAUGGAAAUGAUCUUACUCCAAAUCCACGAAAAUUAUAUAGUAUUGGUCGUGAAUUGGAUAAAUUAUCUCGUAUUAUUAAUGAUAUGACACCAGUUUCUGAGUUACCAUUUACAGCAAGACCCAAAACGCGCAAGGAAAAAAAUAAACUUGCUUCAAGAGCAUGCCGUUUAAAGAAGAAAGCUCAACAUGAAGCAAAUAAAAUAAAAUUACAUGGAUUAGAACAGGAACACAAACGUUUAAUUCAAGGUAUAUGCCAGGCUAAGCAAACGCUCGCUGCAAAAUUAACAGAACCUAAUCCUGAAAAUCAAGAAGAGUUGACACGUCAAAUGGAAAAAUACUGUAAAUUAGCUACCAAAAUACGAAUAGCAAAUCAUUCAACCGAAUUUGUUAAUAAAGUAUUGGAUAAAGUACGUUCUGGUGUCCCUGAUGGUGGUAUCGAUGACUUCUAAUACACGACAGUUAUUUGCUAAAAAUGUUCAUACGUGCGCAUAAAAUAUGCGAGAAGGAAACGAUGUGUAUAAAACAUAAAUUCAUCGUAAAUCAUGAAUUGAAUGCUUCUCAUGGAAAUUGAAAACCAAAAAUGGAAAGUAAGAAUAUUGAUAAUUUGAUUUUAAAUAUAGUUUUAUUAUUUACAAUCAGUUAACAAACAAUAGAUGAUUAUUGUCAGUGUUUUAUAGCAUUGGUUGCGAAUAAUUUUAACAUAGGAUACAUUUGUAUUUUGUGUAAUAGAGUAUUAUUUUGUGACACUAUUUACCAAGAGUACAGAUUUUGGUUACACAUUUCUUUUAUAUGAAGUUGUAUACGUUGCACACGCUAUUAGUUUUUGAUUAAAUCUGUGAUAAUUUUGUUAAAUAAUUAUCAAUGAGUUUUUAGUGGAAUAUAUAUAGUCCAUAUCAAAGCAGUACAAAAGCUUUUAACUUUCUAGAAUGUUGGUUCAAAUUGAACAAUUUGAAAUGUACCAUCGAUUCUCUCUCGCUAAACACUGCAUUCCUAUUUCCUAUCUCUGCUUUUUCCUCUUUUAUUAUGUGUAUAUAUCUUUAUAUAUGUUUUGUAUGUGUGCGUGUGUAUACGCGUAUGUGCAUAUGAAGUAAAAACAAAGUGCUGAAUAUCGCAGUAUUAUUCCAUAUAGUCAUUGUAAAAUAAUAAUCGUAAAUCAUUGUAAAUUUGAGAAGGAACUUGGAUUUUUUUCUGUUUUUCUUUACAUGAUGGAAAGAAAGUAUUCACUAAUAAAUUAGCAAUUAAAUUGUAUAUUACAUAUUCCCUAAUUUCUAUUUUGUGAUGUAAAUCUUUCUUAUGUUUUAAUCUGGAAUAAUAUUGCGAAUUUGAGUCAAUUUUUUUUAGUACAUGUAUAUAUACAUACUUGUUAUCUUGUACAUAGAACUUUUUUAUGAUACAUGAAACAUUUGUUAAGAUCACAAGGAAAAUGAUGAUACUAUUACUUCCCAAACAAAUGAAAAAAUAUAUUAAUUUUAUCAAGAAAUGAAGCAUCAUUUAGGAUUUAUGAUGAAAUAUUAUAUAACAAGUAAAGUUUUGUCUUUUUUGGUUUUAAAUAAUAAACAAAACGAAAUUUUUAACUAUACUAGAAGUCAAAUUUACUGAUAAAUCGUGAAAAAUCAUGAGUUGUAGGUAAUUGUCACAAUGAAUUUAUAAACAAAAUUUCGCUUUCAUCUUUAUGUAACAAUAUGCUUCUUUCGCGUUUUGGUUUUGCAAUGAAAUUACCUCUUUGAUCAAUAUAUUUAGCCUCUGGUAUAAUAAUGAACAAGAUAUAAUAUUGAUAUGACAAGAAAUCAAGGCAAUGUUAAUUUUUAAAUAGUUAUAUAGAUUGUUAUUUGUAAAUAUUUUUUAAAUUUUCACUAACAGAUUUAUAUCUUUUCUUCUGGAUGUUAUUUUGCACUUACAAUUAAAUACUUUAUUUUCAUAACAUGUAAAACAUAAAAAAUAGUCUAUUAUAUCUAACAAGCUUCCACAACAUGAUAUAUAUACAUAGUAUAUUUAUAACUGUAUUUAUAAUAUAUUACUUAACAUAAUUUUGUUUCAUAGUUUUUUCAUAGUUUCUAAAUACGUGUGAAUAUUAUACAUAGUACAAUAUGUAUAAAGAAAUAUUGUUAUACCUUUAAAAUACUGUUUUAAUGUUUUUAUAUAUUUUUAAAUAUAUACACCACGAAAUCGUUUCAGAAUUAAUUCGGUACAUUACAAUAAUAAAACAAAUUUACACAGACUUAUUUGAUUUGAUACUGUUUUUAAGUUACAAAUAGUACUGCGCUAAAACAUAUGAAGUGAAAAUUUACAAAUAAUGUUCAAUUUCAAUAUGUGUAAUCUCCAUAACUGUUCUAAAAAUACUUCCAAAUUUAAUAAGCUAAUUGAAUAUAGCAUGACAAGAAAAGUUGACAGAAUAUGAAAACCUACAAUUAGCAUCUAUAAGGUGGAUACUACAUCGAGGUGCAACAUAUUUAUUUUAAAUUUGAUGUGAAAACAAUAGAUAGAUAUUAUUUUUUUAAGGAUAAAGCAAUUUGUAAUUUGAAAAGCUUAAAUGUUACGUGCGUUUAUUUGAACUAAUUUCAUUAUUUUGAAGAGCAGGAUCUAUAUCUGAACUGUCUUUUAUGUUUUAACUUAUAUCCUGUAUAUAUCAUAUCUCCAUAUGCGCACGCGCUCACACCACAAAGAUAUGCGUGAUUUAUUUGGGAACAUUGGAAUGUUUUGUGAGUAAUAUAAAUGUACAUUUAUCAUCUUAAAAUAAUAUAACAUAAAAAAAGCAUA